UGUGCAUAUUGUAAGCACCUUGGAGCCACUAUCAAAUGCUGUGAAGAGAAAUGUACCCAGAUGUACCAUUACCCCUGUGCUGCUGGAGCAGGCACGUUUCAGGAUUUCAGUAACUUGUCCCUCCUUUGUCCAGACCAUAUUGAUCAGGCUCCUGAAAGAUCAAAGGAAGAAGCAAAUUGUGCAGUGUGCGACAGCCCUGGAGACCUCUUAGAUCAACUUUUUUGUACUACCUGUGGCCAGCACUACCAUGGGAUGUGCCUGGACAUACAAGUUACACCUUUAAAAAGAGCAGGUUGGCAGUGUCCUGAUUGCAAAGUGUGCCAGAACUGCAAACAUUCUGGGGAAGACAACAAGAUGCUGGUGUGCGAUACAUGCGACAAAGGCUACCAUACUUUCUGUCUGCAACCAGUUAUGGAUGCAGUACCAACAAAUGGUUGGAAAUGUAAAAACUGUAGAGUAUGUGCUGAGUGUGGCACACGAACAAGUUGUCAGUGGCACCAUAAUUGUUUGGUGUGUGACAGUUGUUACCAACAGCAAGACAACUUAUCUUGUCCUUUCUGUGAAAAACUGUGCCUCCAAGACAUCCAGAAAGAUAUGUUGCAUUGUCACAUGUGCAAAAGGUGGAUUCACAUAGAAUGUGACAGAUCUCCAGGUAGUGAAUUGGAGUCUCAGUUGAAAGACUAUGUCUGCACUCUUUGUAAACAAGGAGAAGGGGAUCAGACUCAGUCAUGUGAUGUAAUGGACACUUCUGAACUCAUUCCUGAACCUGACAGUAUAACAGCUUGUAUAGAUGAAAUGGAAAUGGAAAGUGGUGGAGAGGAUGCAACAUUUCAGGAACAACCCAUUACUGGUGAUGGCCCUUUUCAAGAAUCAGCUGUUGGAUGUGUCACAGACGUUACAGGCAUAUCACCAGAAGAAAAGACCACAGAACUGGAAACAGAAGUCUCUGUUGAAAUUAAUUCAGCUGAAAUGGAAAUGUCUCCUAAAAAGACACCAGCAUCUGGUGACAGUCAGACUGAGAAAAUGAUGGAAGUGAUGGAAGGUGUUCAAGCUGUACUACAGCAGGAGUUAGACAAACAAGUGGAAGAGACACAGCUGCCACAAGGUAGCGUGGAGGUAUCAGAAGUAUCCACAGUAGACUCUCGGUCUCUGUCUUCGGUACCUGAGACCAUAACUGUGACGCCAGAAAUACAGGAGACCGAAAGUAAAGGAGAUACUUGUAUCCCUGUAGAACAACAACUGGAAAUAAUGAAAGUGCAAAAAGAUGUAGAAAAAGGAGAAACCUGUGAAAAGUCAGAAACACCAGCUCUUCUAGAAGUAGAAACUACUUCUGCAAAUGAAGGUGUUGCAAAUAGUUCACCAGUUGGAGACAAACCCAUAAAAUCACCAGCUGAGACUUACCCCUCACUUCCCCCAUCAGUUAAUAUAAACAAGACAAACGUGUCUUCCUCACCAGAUGUUUCGUUAGACUUGCAUUCUGUACAAGAUGUACAGCACAGUCAGCCCCCAGCGUUGCCUUCCACUGCUGGAAGUGCUCUUCCAACGACUUACAUAGCAGUCACUCCAAAAAUUGGCAUGGGAAAACCAGCCAUCACCAAACGCAAGUUUUCUCCUGGAAGACCCAGAUCAAGACAGGGGGCUUGGAGUACCAAUAAUACAGUCAGCCCACCUUCCUGGUCCCCAGACAUUUCAGAAGGUCGGGACAUUUUUAAAUCCAGACAGCUUCCUGGCAGUGCCAUUUGGAGCAUCAAAGUGGGCCGUGGAUCAGCAUUCCCAGGGAAGCGGAGGCCACGUGGUGCAGGUCUUUCAGGAAGAGGUGGCAGAGGUAGAUCAAAACUGAAAAAUGGAGUUGGGACUGUAGUCAUUCCAGGGGUCACAACUAUGGAUAUUUCAUCUAACAAAGAUGAGGAAGAAAACUCAAUGCAUAAUACAGUUGUCCUCUUCUCUAACAGUGACAAGUUCACUCUCCAUCAGGAUAUGUGCGUGGUUUGUGGGAGUUUUGGCCAAGGUGCUGAGGGCAGGUUGCUUGCCUGUUCUCAAUGUGGUCAGUGUUACCAUCCAUACUGUGUCAGUAUUAAGAUUACUAAAGUGGUGCUUAGCAAAGGUUGGAGGUGCCUGGAGUGCACAGUGUGUGAAGCCUGUGGGAAAGCGACAGAUCCAGGAAGGCUGCUUCUCUGUGAUGACUGCGACAUCAGCUACCACACGUACUGCUUAGAUCCGCCCCUGCAGACAGUUCCGAAGGGAGGCUGGAAGUGCAAAUGGUGUGUUUGGUGCAGACACUGUGGAGCAACUUCUCCAGGUUUAAGAUGUGAAUGGCAAAACAAUUACACGCAGUGUGCUCCCUGCGCAAGUUUGUCUACCUGUCCAAUCUGCUAUCGCACUUACCGGGAUGAAGAGCUUAUAAUUCAGUGUAGACAAUGUGAUCGAUGGAUGCAUGCAAUCUGUCAGAACUUAAACACAGAGGAGGAAGUGGAAAACAUAGCUGAUAUGGGUUUUGACUGUACCAUUUGUAGGCCAUACAUACCACCAACAAACGUGCCUUCUUUGGACUGUUGUGAUUCAUCAGUUGGAGCUCAGAUUAUUUCAAAAUCAAAAGAACUAGACCCACCGAAGACAUACACCCAGGAUGGAGUCUGCUUGACAGAAUCCGGCAUGUCUCAGUUACAGAGCCUAACUGUUACAGUACCGAGAAGAAAACGGACGAAACCAAAGCUUAAACUGAAGAUUAUAAAUCAGAACAGUGUGGCUGUGCUUCAGACACCCCCAGAUGCCCAGUCAGAACACUCAAGAGAUGGGGAGAUGGAUGACAGUAGAGAAGGUGAUCUUAUGGAUUGUGAUGGAAAAUCAGAUUCCAGCCCAGAACGGGAAGCUGUGGAUGAUGAUACCAAAGUGGCAGAAGGAGCUGAUGGGAUUAAAAAAAGGAAGCGUAAACCAUAUAGACCCGGUAUUGGUGGAUUUAUGGUACGUCAGAGAAGUCGUACGGGGCAGGGGAAGACUAAAAGAUCUCUCUCCAGGAAAGAUUCUUCUGGAUCUGUUUCUGAGCAGUUGCCUGGCAGAGAUGAAGGUUGGACAGAACAGCUGCCAGACACUCCAGUUGAGGAGUCUACCCCAGCUUCUGAAAGUACGGAGAAAAUAAAAAAGCGUUACAGAAAAAAGAAAAAUAAACUUGAAGAAACCUUUCCUGUCUACUUGCAGGAAGCUUUCUUUGGGAAAGACCUACUAGAUACCAGUAGACAAAACAAGAUGAGCUUAGAUAAUUUACCUGAAGAAUCACUUCCACUCUCAUGUAAAACAAACCUGACCACCAAUUUCCUGGAUCCUUCAUCUGACCCCCUUCUUAGCUCAACCUCCACGCCAGCUCAGGCAAAACUGGGACCUCAAGGUAGCACCGACGAUCCUUUAGCCGACCUUUCUGAGGUCUUAAAUACUGAUGAUGAUAUUCUUGGAAUACUUUCUGAUGAUUUGGUAAAGUCUGGAGAUCAUUCAGGUCUUGAUUUAUGCACUUUCCAGGUUGAGAACUCACCCUCCCCAUUUGCUGGAUUGGAUAUUGGUCCCAUCUCUGAUGAUCCUUCUUCUCUGCCUCAGCCAAAUGUCAACCAGAGUUCACGGCCAUUGAGUGAAGAACAGUUGGAUGGAAUCCUGAGUCCAGAACUAGACAAAAUGGUCACAGAUGGUGCUAUUCUUGGCAAAUUGUACAAAAUCCCAGAGCUAGGAGGAAAGGAUGUUGAAGAUUUGUUCACAGCUGUAUUAAGUCCAGCAACCACGCAGCCAGCUCCUUUGCCACAGCCUCCACCUCCACCACAACUCAUGUCUUUGCACAGUCAAGGAGAGAAUGCAUUUCCAAGAGUGCCCCUUAUGAAUGGUCUGAUUGGCCCUAACCCUCAUCUCCCUCAUACAGCUUUGACUGCUGGAGGUGGACUGGGCACUUUCUCUCCCAUUACACAGCAACCGUAUACUGAUACCAGGGAUAAGAAUCCAGCGUUCAAUCCAAUCGUAAGUGAUCCAAACAGCUCAUGGGCACCAUCUGCUCCACCUUUGGAAGGUGAAGGCGAUACAAUGUCCAAUGCUCAAAGGAGCACUCUUAAGUGGGAAAAAGAAGAAGCUUUGGGUGAAAUGGCAACAGUAGCACCUGUUCUGUAUACAAAUAUCAACUUCCCUAACCUAAAGGAAGAAUUCCCAGACUGGGCUACAAGAGUGAAGCAGAUUGCUAAACUGUGGAGGAAAGCAAGCUCACAGGAGAGGGCCCCGUAUGUGCAAAAAGCCAGAGAUAAUAGAGCGGCUUUGCGCAUCAAUAAAGUACAGAUGUCAAAUGACUCCAUGAAAAGGCAGCAGCAACAGGAUAGCAUUGAUCCUAGCUCACGCAUCGACUCUGACCUCUUUAAAGAUCCAUUAAAACAGAGGGAAUCGGAACAUGAGCAGGAANNNNUUUUAAAACAGCAAAUGCGGCAAAAAAGUAAGCAGCAAGCUAAAAUAGAAGCCACGCAGAAGCUCGAACAAGUUAAAAAUGAGCAGCAGCAACAGCAGCAGCAACAGCAGCAGCAGCAGUUUGGUUCACAACAGCUUCUGAACCAGUCUGGCUCAGACACACCUAGCAGUGGGAUCCAGAGCCCCUUGACGCCACAGACUGGCAACGGAAAUAUGUCUCCUGCACAACAAACAUUCCAUAAGGAUCUAUUUACAAAGCAGCAGCUACCUGCUACACCUACAUCAGCAUCCUCAGAUGAUGUGUUCCUAAAACCACAAGCCCCACCCCCUACUCCGACCCGAAUCCCAGUACAUGAUUCACUGUCUCAGUCUCAGACUCCUCAGACAUCAUCACAACAGAUGUUUUCUCCAGGUUCCACAAACACAAGACCUCCUUCUCCAAUGGAUCCAUAUGCUAAAAUGGUGGGAACACCUAGACCAGCACCCAUUAACCAAAACUUUGUUAGAAGAAGUUCCGUUGCACCAUUAGAUACCUGUGCAGCACAGUCAUCCAUAUCGAGGCCCAUUCAGGUAACGGAACCGUCAGGAAGCAGGCCGUCACCAGUCAGGGAUUCGUGUUCUUCAUCUCCAGGUAGCAGUGAUCCCUAUGCAAAGCCACCAGACACACCCAGGCCUGUCAUGGCGUCAGAGCAGUUCUCCAAACCAUUGGGGGUCCCAAGAUCACCCAUAGUUAUGGAACAGUCAGGGAAGGUUCCUUUAACGGCUGGAAGCAGUGAUCCGUUUACUAAGCCAGCUCCUAGAACUGAUACAUUUCAGAGACAGAGAGUAACUUCUGCUGAUGCGUACGCACGGCCACCAUUGACCCCUACUCCUACUCCCGUUGAUGGUAGCCCUGGACCUUUUAAAACUCCUAUGCGCCCACCUCAGUCCCCGCAAGAUCCUUAUGCAUCAAUGCCAACCACACCGAGGCGUGUUACUGUUGAUCCAUAUGAAAGGCCUGCUUUGACACCGAGGCCAGUGGAUAACUUUUCCCAUAAUCAGCCUAACGAUCCAUACAGCCAGCCUCCCCUUACUCCCCAUCCUGCAAUAAAGGAGACUUUUCCCCAUCCGCCCCGGAUAGUGCGACAACAGAGUGAUUCUUUCCCUCAAUCUGGACCCAUUUCAAGGCCAGCUUCUCAGGACCCUUACUCCCAGCCUCCAGGUACUCCGCGGCCAGUUGCUGAUCCUUACGCCCAACCUCCAGGGACUCCUCGGCCCACCACAGUUGAUCCGUAUUUGCAGCAACCACCAACACCAAGACCUGCUCAGCCAGCGGAUUUAUUUGCUCAGUCCCCAGCAAAUCAGAGACAUUCUGAUCCAUACGCCCAACCUCCUGGAACACCAAGGCCAGUUCUCAGUGAUCCUUAUUCUCAGCAACCAGCAACUCCAAGGCCAGGGAUUCCAGAGAGUUUUAACAGACCUGCAAUGACAAGGCCAGGACUAAUACCAAAUAGAGAUCCUUUCCUGCAGACACCACAGAACAGGUUGCAGGGCACUUUUGCCAGGCCAUCGGAUCCAUGUUCUCAGACUCCCAGACCUCCAGGACCUGCAAUAACAGAUUCAUUUAGCCAUGGUCCAGCUGCUCCAGCACGUGACCCAUAUGAUCAACCACCGAUGACUCCAAGACCUCAGCCAGAAUCAUUUGGAACUGGUCAGCUGGCCCACGAUGCUGCUGAACAACCACGGCCUGGAUCUGAGGGCAACUUCAGUGCAUCUGGAAAUUCUCCAAUGAGUUCUCAAGGACAGCAGUUUCCCAAAGUUUCACAAGUUCCUGGCCCAGCACCCACUACAGGAGUAACAGAUACACAGAACACCAUGAAUAUGUCUCAAGCAGAUACUGAGAAGUUAAGACAGCGCCAGAAAUUACGUGAAAUUAUUCUACAGCAACAGCAGCAGAAGAAGAAUGCAGUUCGUCAGGAGAAAGCCUUGCAGGAUGCAGCAGCUCCUACCCAUGCAACUCCUCUUCAGCAUUGGCAGCAAGACAACUUAAAUCAAAUUUUUAACCGCCCUCCUCCUCCAUAUCCUGGGAAUGUUAGGUCCUCUGUCGUGCCUCCAGGGGGGCCGAGGUUCACUGUAUACCCAAAAGACCAACGUGGACCAUUUCCUGAUGGGCAGUUCAGUAGACCCCAGUUUCCAGGCGAUAUGAAUGCCAUGGGGAUGAGACCUCAUGGUCUUAGAUACGGGUUUCCAGGAGGUGGCCAUGGUCCACCAUCAGGUCAAGAACGUUUCCUUGGUCCUCAGCAGCCAAUGCAGCGCCCUGGAGUUCCACCACAGCUGAGAAGAUCUCUGUCCAUUGAUAUGCCUCGGCCAGUGAACAAUCCGCAAAUAAAUAAUACAUCUGGGAUCUCUCAACAUUUUCCUCCACAGGGAAUUCCAGUUCAGCAGCACAAUAUAUUGGGUCAGGCAUUUAUUGAGUUACGUCACAGAGCUCCUGAUGGGAGGCCAAGGCUGCCUUUUAAUCCUUCUGCUGCAAAUGUUAUGGAUGCAGCAGCGCAACAUCAACGACAUGCAGGGUUUAUACCCAGGCAGGAGUUUCCAGGCCCAAGACAGGCAGAACCACUGAGACAUAAUUCUCAAGGUAUACCUAACCAGCUGCAGAUGUCUACUACAACUUUGGAGCAUAUGUCACAAUCCCAGCAGGAUCAAAUCAAUCCUGACAACCCACCUGCACUUGUAAUACGUUCUCUAAGUCAUCCACCAGUUGCUGAUGCAUUCCCAGGACCAUCUUUGUCUGCAUCUGCACCAAGUGAUGAAUCUGCAAAUUUACAGAUUCCCAACCAGCCAAGUGAUGGUCUAGAAGAAAAGCUUGAUCCUGAUGAUCCUGCUGUAAAAGAUUUGGAUGUGAAAGACCUUGAUGGGGUUGAAGUCAAGGAUUUAGAUGAUGAGGAUCUGGAAAAUUUGAAUCUGGACACAGAAGAUGGGAAAGGUGAUGAACUGGACACUUUAGAUAAUUUGGAAACCAAUGAUCCUCACCUGGAUGAUCUUCUGAGGUCUGGGGAAUUUGAUAUAAUUGCAUAUACAGACCCAGACCUUGAUGUGGGGGAUAAGAAAGGAAUGUUUAAUGAGGAACUAGAUCUUAGUGUCCCCAUUGAUGACAAACUAGAUAUCCAGGGCAAGACAGAAGAACCAAAACAGAAAGAACAAGGUGAUAGGACUGUUUCCCCUCCUGAGACCCAGUCUCCACAGAAGAAAUCUUCUACAGAAAAUGAAAUCAAAACAGAAGUACUUUCCCCAAAUACUCAGGAGGAAAAGAAGAAUGAAAAUGAAAAAAGUGAUGGAAAUGCUGAAUCCACAAGUACUCAACAGGCUGCUGAAGUGGAGUUAACAGAUGGAGAAAAGGCUCCUCCUGCACAGCCCACUAAUCCAGAAUUCCCUGACAAAACUACUGCUGUUCCUAGUCAAGAAACAACUGUGCCUAGUCCAGAUGCUCAGGGAUCUACUCCACUGCCUGUUCAAGGAGCAGUAAGUUCCUGCAGUAUUUCUGGGUCCACACCAGUCCUCUCAAGUUUGCUAGCUAGUGAAAGCUCAGAUAAUGCUGAAGCAAGGACUCUAGGAUCUCCAUCUCAGUCUUUGCCAACAACGCAAAUGAACCAUGCAUCAGGUAUUCCGCAAACACUAAUGACACCUGGUGGACAGAUCUUGGAAAACACUUUAAAUUCAAAUUUGGCCAUGGUUCCACGAAUGAACCAUAAUUUUUCUCAAGGGUCACCAAAUCCAGGAUUUAUUCAGGGUCAGUCAUCUAGUCAUAACUUUGGGACAGGACAGACAUCUAAUCAAACGGUGGCUGUAACAAGCCGUCCUGGUCCUAGCGGCAUAUCUGGUCCCCAACAGAUAAUGCUCCCUCAACCAUUAGCUCAACAACAAAAUCGAGAAAGACCACUUCUGCUAGAGGAACAGCCACUUCUUCUGCAGGACCUUUUGGAUCAGGAAAGACAAGAGCAGCAGCAGCAGCGACAGAUGCAAGCCAUGAUUCGCCAACGUUCGGAGCCAUUUUUCCCCAAUAUUGACUUUGAUGCAAUUACUGAUCCCAUAAUGAAAGCAAAAAUGGUAGCUCUUAAGGGGAUCAAUAAAGUCAUGGCGCAGAGUAACAUGGGAAUGCCACCAAUGGUUAUGAACAGGUUUCCCUUUAUGGGUCAGCCAGUGCCAGGGGCUCAGACCAGUGAAGGCCAAAAUCAUAUGCAGCAGGCAAUUACACAGGACGGAAGUUUGACACCUCAGAUUUCUAGACCUAAUCCUCCCAAUUUUGGUCCUGGUUUUGUCAAUGAUUCACAAAGAAAGCAAUAUGAGGAAUGGCUGCAAGAAACACAACAGCUUCUUCAAAUGCAACAGAAGUACCUUGAGGAGCAAAUUGGAGCACACAGAAAAUCAAAAAAGGCACUCUCAGCCAAACAGCGUACAGCCAAGAAGGCUGGUCGUGAGUUCCCAGAAGAAGAUGCAGAACAGCUUAAACAUGUUACUGAGCAGCAAAGUAUGGUCCAAAAACAGCUAGAACAGAUUCGAAAGCAGCAGAAAGAGCAUGCAGAACUAAUUGAGGAGUAUCGAAUCAAGCAGCAGCAGCAGCAGCAGCAGCAGCAGUGUGGAAUGGCACCUCAUGCUAUAAUGCCAGGCGUCCAGGCUCAACCACCAAUGGUUCCAGGAGGAACAUCACCAGCAAUGAAUCAGCAAAACUUCCCCAUGGUGGCACAACAGCUCCAGCAUCAGCAACAUACAGUGGUAAUCCCUGGGCAAUCCAACCCAACCAGAAUGCCAAAUUUAUCUGGAUGGCAAUCUGCUAAUGCCCCUGCAAGCCAUAUUUCCAUGAAUCCAGCAAGGGUGCAGCCUCCAAUGACACUGUUGCCAAUUACUCCUGGUACACCAGCUCCUGUGCCUGGUCCAAAUGCAACUGCACAGUCAGGGCCACCGCCAAGGGUGGAGUUUGAGGACAAUAACCCUUUUAGCGAAAGUUUUCAAGAGCGGGAAAGAAAGGAGCGUUUACGAGAGCAACAGGAACGGCAACGCAUUCAGCUUAUGCAGGAGGUAGAUCGACAGAGGGCUUUGCAGCAGAGAAUGGAACUAGAACAGCACGGUAUGAUAGGUUCUGAAUUAAAUAACAAAACAUCCGUGUCUCAGAUACCUUUCUUUAAUUCUGAUCUACCUUGUGAUUUCAUACAAACUCCGCGACCUCUUCAGCAGUCUCCACAGCAUCAACAGCAACAAAUGGGGCAAAUUCUGCAACAAGGUCCUGUGACCUCGCCUCCUGCCACAAAUUUUAUGCAAAGCAGUGAGCGAAGGCCAGUGGGACCUACAACCUUUGGACCUGAUGCAUCUGCUGUUCCAGGUGGAGCCCCUAAUUUCCAUAAUGUAAAACAAACUCACGGGAAUCUCCCUGGGGCCACCUUUACACAGAACCAAGUCAGGCCUCCGUUUGCCUCUGCUGUACCUUCAGCUACAGUACUCGGUAGCGGUGCCCCAUGUGGUUCGGACACUAGUGUGCCCCAGGCAGCAAACUUCCCUGGAUCAAGCCAGUCUCUCAUACAGCUGUAUUCUGACAUAAUCCCAGAAGAGAAAGGAAAAAAGAAAAGGACACGAAAAAAGAAAAAGGACGAUGAUGCCGAGUCAAUAAAAGCCCCUUCAACUCCACAUUCAGAUAUAACUGCACCAUCAACUCCAACCAUUUCUGAUUCUACCUCCACCCCCACAGUUAACACCCCCAAUGAACUUUCCCGUCAUCAAGAUGAACAAGAGUCAGUGGAGUUAACGGGCCCAUCAACAUCAAACGCAGGAGAGGGCCAGACCUCUCCAGAGCUGGAAUGUAAGCUCCCCAACAGCAGUCUGCCACAGAAACAGCCGAGUGUAAAUACAGAGACUGAAAAGGCUAAAGCAGAUACACCUAGCAGCAUUCAAGAAGUUAAACUAGAAAAGGCAGAAACUGAUCAAUGCUCGGGUCAAGCUGAGCCUAAACCAGAAAAUCCAAGCAGUAUUAAGGUGGAAGAAGAUAAGGUCACAUCACAGCCUGCCUCUUCAGCUCAGAGUCCAGCACAACCAGCUAGCGUUCCAGCAGCGAAAGGGGAGUCAGGGAACGAAUUGCUGAAACACCUGCUUAAAAAUAAGAAGUCCUCAUCUCUUCUAAAUCAGAAAUCGGAGAGCAGUGGCCGAACAGAAGAGGAGGCUUCUGGGGAUAAGAAGUUAACAGAGAAGCAGAAUCCAGCUGAAGGAAUGCAAACUGCAGGAAACCAGAUGCAAGGUGCAUUUGGGUGUAGUAACAGCCAGCUUCAGAGAACAGAUGUAGGACCUGAAACCAAAAAACAGAGAAAUAAGCGAACUCAGAGGACAGGAGAGAAGGCAGCUCCUCGGUCCAAGAAAAGAAAAAAAGAGGAAGAAGAAAAGCAAGCUAUUUACCCUAACGCUGAUACAUUCAUCCAGUUAAAACAGCAGCUUUCUCUUCUGCCUUUGAUGGAACCAAUAAUUGGAGUGAGCUUUGCACACUUUCUUCCCUAUGGCAGUGGCCAGCUAAAUGGUGGAAAUCGACUUGUGGGAAGUUUUGGUAGUGCCACUCUUGAUGGGGCUUCAGACUACUACUCCCAGCUCAUUUACAAGCAGAACAACCUGAGCAAUCCUCCGACGCCCCCAGCCUCUCUUCCUCCCACACCACCUCCGGUGGCCUGCCAGAAGUUGGUAAAUGGCUUUGCAACCACUGAGGAACUUGCUGGCAAGGCUGGUAUGUUAGGAGGUCAUGAUGUUACCAAAGCUCUGGGACCAAAGCCGUUCCAGUUGCCUUUCAGACCACAAGAUGAUUUAUUAGCAAGAGCAAUGGCUCAGGGCCCUAAAACUGUGGAUGUUCCUGCUUCACUUCCAACACCACCUCACAACAAUCAGGAGGAGUUAAGGGUUCAAGAUCACUGUGAGGACAGGGACACUCCUGACAGCUUUGUUCCUUCUUCCUCUCCUGAAAGCGUGGUGGGAAUGGAAAUUAGUAGGUAUCCAGACUUGUCGGUUGUAAAGGAGGAAAACCCGGAACCUGUACCAUCUCCCAUCAUUCCCAUCCUACCUAGCAGUACUGGAAAAGGUUCAGAAGCCAAAAGGAAUUACAUAAAAUCGGAACCCGGUUCAGGAGCGUUACCUGGUUCUGGCUUCUUUGCUUCUCAGCUUGGACCAUCCCAGAAUGGUCCUAAAUCUGGCCUUAUAUCUGUAGCAAUUACUUUACAUCCUACAGCUGCUGAGAACAUCAGUAGCGUUGUAGCGGCAUUCUCCAACCUGCUCCACGUCAGAAUUCCCAACAGUUACGAGGUUAGUAACGCUCCAGAUGUCCCAUCCUCCAUGGCAACCGCCAACAGUCACAGAGUGAACCCAUCUGUGGAGUACAGGCAACACUUACUACUUCAGGGUCCUCAGGCAGGAUCCAUGGGACCUGCCAGGAUCGUAGGGUCUUACGGACUGAAGCAACCUAAUGUGCCAUUUCCUGCAAACAGCAAUGGUAUAGCUGGCUAUAAGGAUCACAGUCAGAAUAUUGCAGAAGGCUCAGCAUUGAGACCUCGGUGGUGCUCUCAUUGCAAAGUUGUGGUUCUUGGUAGUGGUGUGCGGAAGUCCUUCAAAGACCUGCCUUUCCUUAAACAGGAUUCUCAAGAAGGCUCUGAUAAAAUGAAGGACAUCGUAUUCUGUAGCAACAACUGCUUUGUUCUUUACUCAGCAGCUGUGCAAGCAAAAAACUCGGAGAACAAAGAAUCAGUUCCGUCUUUGCCACAGUCGCCGAUGAAAGAGAGGCCGCCCAAAGCAUUCCAUCAGUACAGCAACAACAUCUCCACUUUGGACGUCCACUGUCUGCCUCAGUUGCAGGAAAAAGUUUCUCCACCAUCGUCACCCCCCAUCAUGUUCCCCCCUGCAUUUGAAGCAGCCAAGGUAGAGGCAAAACCGGAUGAGCUUAAGGUAACAGUGAAACUAAAACCUAGGUUAAAAGCAAUACACAGUAGUCUUGAUGACUGUCGGCCUCCAAGUAAGAAAUGGAAAGGAAUGAAAUGGAAAAAGUGGAGCAUUCAGAUUGUGAUUCCUAAAGGAUCAUUCAAACCUCCUUGUGAAGAAGAAAUAGAUGAAUUCCUUAAAAAACUGGGCACAACCCUUAAACCAGAUCCCGUGCCUAAAGACUAUAGGAAAUGUUGCUUCUGUCACGAGGAGGGUGAUGGAUUAACUGAUGGACCAGCAAGGCUUCUUAACCUGGAUUUAGACCUUUGGGUCCAUUUGAACUGUGCUCUUUGGUCUACAGAAGUCUACGAGACACAAGCUGGUGCCUUAAUAAACGUGGAACUAGCACUGCGAAGAGGCUUGCAAAUGAAAUGCAUGUUUUGUCACAAAAUGGGUGCCACCAGCGGUUGUCACAGGUUAAGGUGCACCAAUAUUUAUCACUUUACCUGUGCCAUUAAAGCACAAUGCAUGUUUUUUAAAGACAAGACCAUGCUUUGCCCCAUGCACAAACCAAAGGGAACUCAUGAGCAAGAACUUAGUUACUUUGCAGUCUUCAGGAGGGUCUACGUUCAGCGUGAUGAAGUGCGGCAGAUCGCUAGCAUCGUUCAGCGAGGAGAACGUGACCACACCUUCCGUGUGGGCAGCCUGAUUUUCCAUGCUGUUGGUCAGCUGCUGCCACAGCAGAUGCAGGCCUUCCACUCCUCAAAAGCACUCUUCCCCGUGGGUUACGAGGCCAGCCGGUUGUACUGGAGCAUGAGAUACGCAAACAGACGCUGUCGCUAUCUCUGUUCAAUUGAGGAGAAGGACGGGCUUCCGUUGUUUGUCAUCAAGGUUGUGGAGCAAGGCCACGAAGAUCUGGUCCUUACUGACACAACACCAAAAGGUGUGUGGGAUAAAAUCUUGGAGCCCGUUGCUUCUGUUAGAAAAGAGUCUGAAAUGCUCCAGCUGUUUCCCGGCUAUUUGAAGGGUGAAGACCUCUUUGGUUUGACAGUCUCUGCAGUGGCCAGGAUUGCCGAAUCGCUGCCAGGGGUUGAGGCCUGCGAGAACUACACUUUCCGCUAUGGCCGAAACCCCUUAAUGGAACUCCCUCUUGCUAUCAACCCCACGGGCUGUGCCCGUGCCGAGCCUAAAAUGAGUACCCAUGUCAAGAGGUUUGUGUUAAGGCCUCACACCUUGAAUAGCACCAGCACAUCGAAGUCAUUUCAGAGCACAGUAACGGGAGAGCUGAAUGCGCCUUACAGUAAGCAGUUCGUCCAUUCCAAGUCCUCUCAGUACCGCAAGAUGAAAACUGAAUGGAAGUCCAAUGUGUAUCUAGCUCGCUCUCGUAUUCAG